AACUCCAGAGAGAUUUGAAUAGUAAUUUUUACAUGGUAGUAUUAUAGUGGCUAUAAUUUCCACAAUUUCUUGUGCUGAAAGUGUAACUGUAAGACCAAAACUUAAAAAUACGUAUUUUGGUAAUUUUAUGGUAACCAUUUUUUCUUAGGUUGAGCCUGUAGUCCUGAAGAACCAGAAACUCAAAGGAACCAAUAUUCCUUCUACAAGAGCCCAUCUUUAGUGAGGCCAUAUGAUGACCAAGGUCCUGGGCGUGGCCGGCGGCCUGGGCCGAGGGCCUCUGCAGGAGCAGGCGGGGCCUGUGGUUGUGAAAGUUGAGGAGGAGGAGAAGGAGAAGUGCUUUCCCAGCCUGGAGAUGUUCCGCCAGCGCUUCAGGCAGUUUGGAUACCACGACACACCUGGACCCCGGGAGGCCCUGAGCCAGCUCCGGGUGCUCUGCUGUGAGUGGCUGAGGCCCGAGAUCCACACCAAGGAGCAGAUCCUGGAGCUGCUGGUGCUGGAGCAGUUCCUGACCAUCCUGCCCCGGGAGCUGCAGGCCUGGGUACAGGAGCACUGUCCAGAGAGUGCUGAAGAGGCUGUCACUCUCCUGGAAGACCUGGAGCAAGAACUGGAUGAACCAAGGCAGCAGGUUUCACCUCCUCCAAAUGAACAGAAACAGGCAUGGGAGAUGUCCUCUUCAGGAACAGCAAAGGAAUCUCUGAGCAGCAGCCGGCCACAGUCUGUGGAAACAAGUCCCAAAUAUGAAUCCUGGGGACCCCUGUACAUCCAGGAGACUGGUGAAGAGCAGGAUUUCACUCCAGAGCUAAGACAGAAUCAAGAUUGUAAAUCGAACACCCAGAAUGAGGAAUCAACAGAUAUGCAGAAAAGUUCUGAAGAGUCUCAUGGAGAAGAAUUCAAAAAGGAUAUUACUCCCAUGGUUAUUGCCAAUAAAUUUGAGGCCAGGUUAGAAAGGCAAUGGGUAAACCUUGAAAAAGAAAGAGGAAAAAAAACCUCUCUCCUAGACAAAGGUUCCAAGAAAGGUAGAGAAUUAAUGUCCACUAAACCUGCCCCAGGAGAGAGACGUUACAUAUGUGCUGAGUGUGGAAAAGCCUUUAGCAAUAGCUCAAAUCUUACUAAACACCGGAGAACACACACUGGGGAAAAACCCUAUGUAUGCACCAAAUGUGGAAAAGCCUUCAGCCACAGCUCAAACCUUACCCUUCAUUACAGAACACACUUGGUGGACCGGCCCUAUGACUGUAAGUGUGGAAAAGCCUUCGGUCAGAGCUCAGAUCUCCUUAAACAUCAGCGCAUGCACACCGAAGAGGCACCAUAUCAGUGUAAAGAUUGUGGGAAAGCUUUCAGUGGUAAAGGCAGCCUCAUUCGACACUAUCGAAUACACACUGGAGAGAAACCUUAUCAGUGUAAUGAAUGUGGGAAGAGCUUUAGUCAGCAUGCAGGUCUUAGUUCUCAUCAGAGACUCCACACUGGAGAAAAGCCAUAUAAAUGUAAGGAGUGUGGAAAAGCUUUCAACCACAGCUCCAAUUUUAAUAAACAUCAUAGAAUCCAUACUGGGGAAAAGCCCUAUUGGUGUAAUAAUUGUGGGAAAACCUUCUGUAGUAAGUCAAAUCUUUCCAAACAUCAGAGAGUCCACACUGGAGAGGGAGAAGUGCUUUAACUGUCAAGUAGGCUCUCGGUGUUAUUGUGUGUGUGUGUGUUUGUAACUAGAACGUGGAUGCUAGGGAGAAGUCAGAUAAUUGUAAUAUAGACUUAAGUGCUAGGUUUUGUUUCAUUCAACAUCAAGAGACCCUGGAGGAGUGAGAGAAUGGUACAGUAGGAAGGAAGGGGAUUCCUCACCAGCUUAACUGAAGCCGAUCCCCUCACCACACUUCAGGUCCCAGUAACCAUGCCGGCAUUGCCUUUUGUAUAGUUAAAGUGAUGUGUAUCAAGUAUAGUUAUGGAGAAAGCAUUAUGACUGUUUAACUUUUAACAUACAUUAAAGAAUUAUGAUUUGUGAAGAAUUGAGCCAUUUGAACAUAAUCUAAUCUGAUUCAGAAUAAAUUUAUAACAUCUUGUAAUACUUCAGGACUGUUACAAUAAAUGGUAUGUUGUUUAUUGAACACUAUUUAGAAAGAAAAAGUAUUCCUACUGGUUUAUCUUUUGGGGAAAUUUGGAUUUGGGGUAAAUAGAAUAUAUAGUACUUGUGAAUGAAUGUGUAUAUUAGGAAAUUGCAGUAGUGUGUAGAAUAGUUGCAUUUUGGUCUGUGCUUUUUCCCCCCUACAUACUGAAUACAUUUUUUUCAUCACUGGGAA